CAGCUGCCUAAUGUGUCCUGACGUCCACCUCAGUGCACGCAUGGUGGCCUGGCACCAACCUCUUGCUCGCGCACAGCUGUGCUGCACCAGAAACGCAAAAGCAUCUCAGGAAGCUUUCACCCAGAGAUGCUCAUUUUGCAGCCUCUUGGUUUCCUGCAGCCACAUCCCAUCCUGCCUGUCCCCAGGACUGGGACUUGCCCCAGGACUCUCCUGCCUGUCCCACUUUGCUGGGAAGUGCUGGGUAUUUUUAGCAGCUAAGAGCACUGGAGAAGAUUGGCUGAAAUAAAGGGUGCUGUGCUGCCGCUGGGACCAGGACCCGGCAGAAGCUGCCCUGAACAGACGGAGCUGUGGGAAGCUGAGCAGGAGAAGGAGGAGGACGACGAUGCUGGCACUCAGCGCAUUGCCUUUCCUGAAGCCCAUUCACCUGAGGUCCCCCCGAAGCUCGGCGGGGGGCCAGCGCCGCCACACACUGCCCGCCAGCGAGUUUCGCUGCCUCAGCCCCGAGGAUGCUGUCAGCGUGUUUGAGAUCGAGCGGGAAGCCUUUAUAUCUGUUUCUGGGGACUGUCCCCUCCACCUGGAUGAGAUCCGCCACUUUCUGAACCUGUGCCCGGAGCUCUCCCUUGGCUGGUUUGAGGAAGGGCGGCUUGUGGCGUUCAUCAUCGGCUCCCUCUGGGACCAGGAGAGGCUCAGCCAGGCGGCGCUGACCCUGCACAAGCCGCUAGGCACGGCAGUGCACAUUCACGUGCUGGCUGUGCACCGCACCUUCCGGCAGCAGGGCAAGGGCUCCAUCCUCAUGUGGCGGUACCUGCAGUACCUGCGGUGCCUGCCCUUUGCCCGGCGUGCCCUGCUCAUGUGCGAAGAUUUCCUUGUACCCUUCUACCAGAAGUGCGGUUUUGAGGUGCUGGGGCCCUGUGAGGUGACGGUGGGGGAGCUGGCCUUCAUCGAGAUGCAGCAUCCUGUGAGGGGACAUGCCUUCAUGCGCAGGAACAGUGGCUGCUGAGUGCCUGCAGUCCAGGCCUGCUGGGAGGGGGGGCUGGAGAGAGGUUAGGGGGCAGGUACGAGGCUGCAACCCCUCUCCAUCCCCACCCAUGGCUGUACAUCUUCCCUGGCUGGCCCUGGCCACAUCUGCCUUGCCAGAUCAGCCUGGUCCCACCAAAGCCCCACAGGGCUGGGGACAGAAUUCCUUGGUCUGGCCCCGCUGGCAGCACCAACCCCCUGGGCUCCGCUGGCACGCCUGGGUGGGCUGCAUGCCCCACGGGGAGGCAAAGGCAUUGUCCUAGGAGCAGCUGGGGGGGGCUUUUAAUUGGCAUUUAAGGGCUCUCUCAGCCACACUUGGCUAAGACACCCACCAGAGCCUAUACACACAUGCCUCAGUCCUGCACCCCCUUAAGUGAAGCACACCACGGCCAAGCCUGUCCUGAGCAGCCCCCAGCCCAGGCAGGGAUCCCAGCUGUUGUCCCCUGCCCACAGGCAUCUUACCAGACCCCUAGGAGCAAACCCCCAGCCACUGGCUGCCCCCAGUCACACAUUGCAGAGCCUCCCUGGGGGGCCAGUCUAAACCAGCCCCCCUCACCCCAGACCCACUACU